CAGGACUUGUAAUUAAUUAACAUCAUGAAAUGACAGCAUGGAACACGUGAAAAAAAGAAGAAGAUAUAAAUACAACAACCUCCUCGACAGCAACCAGUCUGGUUUCAGAAGUGGACAUUCAACCAAGACUGCCUUGCACUCAGUUGAAGCCCUAAGACUGGCAAGAGCGGAUUUCAAAUCUUCAAUACUUAUCUUGUUGGAUCUGUCCCCUGCUUUUGACACAGUUAACCACCAGAUCCUCCUGUCAACCCUAUUGGCAAAGGGCAUCUCAGGAACCGCACUCCAGUGGUUUGAGUCUUACCUCUCAGAUGGGUCCUUCAAGGUAUCUUGGAAAGAAAUUCAUGUUCAGUGAAGCUCCUCCCACAACAAUCACACCUUCAGCAAUAAAUGCUGGAAUAUUCCCAUCAGUUUACAAGUGAAGAGCAUCAAAUCAUCAGGAAGAGCUGAAAUCUGCAAAGACUGAGUUUAUUAAAGAGGACAGAGAGAAGAUGAGAGAUCCAGAACCCUACAAAAUGAAACACACUGAGGAUACUGAAGAACAAGCAGGGUUGAUUGAAGAAAACAAUGAUAAUGGAGAAUUGAGUGAAGUUGAGGAGAAAAACCAUGCUAAAACGGUAGAAAUACCUUUGAGCUGCUGUCAAACCAAAACGAGAGAUUUAAAGAAAAAAAAAGGCAAGAAAUCUUUCACCUGCGCUCAGUGUGGAAAGAAUUUGACACGCAAAUAUAGUCUUGAUGUUCACAUGAGAGUUCACACUAGGGAGAGGCCGUUCACUUGUGAUCACUGUGGAAAGAGUUUUGCGCACUCAGCAAACCUUAAGGUACACACAAACAUCCACACCGGAGAGAAACCAUACAAGUGUUCACACUGUGACAAGAGAUUCACUCAGUCAGGAGACCUUAAGAUACAUGACAGGAUCCACACUGGACAGAAGCCAUACACAUGUGUUCAGUGCGGGACGAGUUUCACACGAAAAGGACACCUUAAAGUUCAUAUGAGAGUUCAUACUGGAGAGAAGCCGUUCACUUGUGAUCAAUGUGGGAAGAGUUUCACACAAUCAGCAAACCUUAAGGAGCACACGAACAUCCACAACAGAGAGAAGCUGCACGCAUGUGAUCUAUGCGGCAAAACAUUUUUGUGGGCUUCAUACAUGAAGAAACACCUGAGAUGUCAUGCAAAGGAGAAGCCACAUUCAUGUUAUUUGUGUGGAAACAGUUUUUCUUCUCUACAGAAUUUAAGAUUACAUCAGAAAAGACAUGCUGGUGUGAGAGAGUACAUGUGCUUUGAGUGUGAAAAGACGUUUACUUCUACGAGCUGUUUAAAACGGCACCAGAGGACUCACUCUGGAGAGAAACCGUACAAGUGUUCACACUGCGACAAAAGAUUCAGUGAUUCAGCAAAUCUGAGAAGACACAAGAGAAUCCACGUCACUGCCUGUGGGAGGCGUUUCAAUAAGUCAUCUGCUCUACACUGUCACACACAAAAACGAAUCGCAGUAAGUAGAUCGUCUUCAGAUCCAGCACUUUCAAGUCUGUUGCCGCGUCCUCACCAAAUGCAACACAAUAAUGCAUCAAGCAAUAAAAUAUCAUCUGGAUGAAUCUUUCCUAAUCAACGACAUUACAAUGAGACAUCAUCUAAAGUUUCUACAGUUCAUAUUUGUCUUCAAAACCAGCAGAUUCAACUGUGAGAUUCAGAUCAACUCAAGAUGAUGUUCCUCCCCAAUGAACAAGAUCAAAAAGUUUUAAUCUUGUUUAUUAUUUUGCUUCAUGAUGUAAAUGUUAUCAUUGUGCUUCCUUAGAAGUUUCUUAUUAUGUUCAUAUAAUGUUCAAUUACUGAUAAUCAAACAGUAAAGAAAAAGAGAAACAUCACUCUCUGCUCUUGACUGAAUGAUUUUAGUAGCUUUAAGCUCUAAUCCAUCAGUUUAUACAGUGAAGACUAUGCAGUGUUAUUAGUGUCUAGUCUUGAUCUCAGACUAAGAGGACUCAGGAUUUUCUUUCAAGACCAUAACUGCGGGGAUAUCACUAUCAUUAAUGUGUUUGGAUGUAAAACUUCCUGCUUCAAAUGCAAUCAAUAACUAAUUAAAUAAGUAAAUAACAAAAAUAAAUAAUUUGAUUUAUACCAGUGGAUCUCAACAUGUUUGACUUCACUGCCCCCCUAUUGUCCACAACAUUAUUUGAAGGCCCCCCUCCACUCACCCAAAAUAUUUUAGAACUUAGCAUGACUAGAAAUUUGUAUAUUCAUUAUAAAAAUAACCAAAUACUAAGAAAUAUCUUUGAUUUGGAAGUUUGUUGAGGCCCCGUAGUGGCCCCUGGCUGAGAACAAAUGAUUUAUACUUUUAUGCCGGGUCAGUAAUUAUUGAGGGACUGUGUCGAAGAGGUCACCAACAUUAAUACAUACACCCACAAAAAAGUGCUUGAGAGUAUAUAAGUGCUCUCCUUAUAAAUGUAUGAGAUGUGGAUUUUUAUAUUAUAAUAUAAUAUAAUUAAGCAAUAGCAAAAGAACUGUUUUGAAAAUAAAAUGAUAUUGCUUUUAUAAAAACAUUCAGUAAACAAUUUUUAACAUUAUACUCAACAUUAUUUAUGCAUUUGUAAUUGUACCAAUUCAGAUUCAGCUUCUGUGCCACCACUGCAGUGCAAAGAUGAAUUUUGUUGUUAGAGAUUUCAUUUGAUUGGUAACAGCUCUGUAAGUGUCUUUUAUUGUAUUUAAUGAUUAAAAAUGAGGCAUUUCUCAGGCAGUAAAUGUGGAUCCUUUAGAUGAAUUUGAGCAAUGCAGGUCUGGUCUUGGUCUUGGUCUCAACACACAAUUGUCUUGGUCUCGACUUUGUCUCGGAUUAGGUGGUCUUGACUACAACACUAAGUGUUAUUUUACAUUUGAUGAAUUUAUUCUAAUAUUUAUUCUUAUUUAUUAUAAUAUGUUUCUUUGUAGGCUAUUAUUUACCUGAAUACUACUGCCAGAGCUUAGUUGCCCUAGUAGGGUACAACGGGGCUAAAGGUGCGUUUGAUAUUAUUUUCCUCAUAGAUGGCCGAGAAAUGUGG